AUGAAUCCACCGUCAGCAUUGCAUGGCGCCAUGAGUAAAGAACGUAAACCAUUUACUUAUACGCCCGGAGGUCUGGAUCUUUCUGAAAUAAAGUCGGAACGUAUGGCACAAAGGUUAAUGAGAAAUGCCAUGAAUCAAGGAGUUCCUGAAAAGCCAGUACAGACAUUAAAAUCUCCACCAGUUAUGCCGUCCAAUGCGUUACCUAAUUUUAAUUGCUUGCCAGUACAAGUUUUUCCUACAUUUGCCUUACCAGCCAAUCCUAAGUCUCUGCUUAGGACUAGAAGUAAUCCAGAUGCUCCUAAAGAACAGUCAAAUAAUGUGCCAAAGUUAAACGCUGACAACACAUCGAAUGCUUCUAUUUAUAAAAGCGUAAAUAAUCCUCCGACAUUUAUGAUAAACAACAGUAUGGAGAACAAUAAACAGUCUUCGUAUUAUGAUAUUAAAGAUAAACCAAAUGAAUAUUCGUUUCGUUUACCAGAUGAUGAAAACGAUGCACGCAAAUUUUUAUUGACAAAUAAACAGCUACAUUCAGAUUUACAAUAUAAUAAAGUACAAUCAAAACAAGCAAAUGAAAAACAUGAUACUACAAAUUAUUGGUCCGAUGAAGAGAAACAAAACGAUAACAAAAAGGAUAUUUCAUUUACGAGCGAAAGUAACAAAGCAAUUCCCGUGAUGCUAAAUAUUUUACCAUUGCAAAAAAAGGCAGACAGUGAUGACGAAAAGAAGGAAGUUAAAGUUGUCAAGCAACAAACAAAUACGAAAAAUGAAGUAGAACAUAAUGGUGAUACCGAAGCUGAAAUUGUAAUCAAAUUACCAUCAAAAAAGUCUGCUGCGAAAACAGAAACUUCUGUGGAUAUCGUGAAAAAAAUUUUACCAGAUGGCACAGUAGAGGAAGUUAAAACUACUACAACUAAGACAACUGUUGAUGGAAGAACUGAAAUAACAACUAAAACCGAAACAAAAACGAUACCAAAAGCUGUGGCUAGUUCAGAGGAAUUUGAGGAAGAGCAAGAAGAAGAAACGGAAGAAAUUGUUCAAGUAAAUGGUGAAGAUGACGAAAAUAACUGUGAAGUUGAUCAAUCCGUUGAAAAGAACAAAGAAGUUAAUGAAGAAGAAUUGUCACAAAUAUCAAAAAAACAAAAUGGUCACAUAAUUGUUAGUGAAGAGAAGACUGAGAAAAAUACGGUAAAAAAAGUUAUAGUAAGUACAGAGCAAGAAUCAGAAGAGGAGAUAGAAGAAGAGGAAGAAGUUGAAGAUGUGGAAGAAGAGGAAGAAGCAGAUGCCGAAGACGUUGGUACUGAAGAGGUAGUUAUAUUAAAUAAAGUAUCAACUGUCCAAAGCAAUGACUGUAAGGCUGAAGACGAAAAAGAAGUUGUAAAUCAAAAAAAUAACAUAGAAGAAGACAUAAAAGAGCAAGAAGUUGAAAAUAACGAAGAAAUUGUGGAAAACGAGGAAACUGUUGAAAAGGAAGAAUCAGAGAAUGAAGAAGAACAAGAUGAAAAUCAAAAUGAAAACCAAGUGGAAGAAGUUGUACAAGAGGUUGAAAAUAUUGAAGAAAAGGAAGUAUCUGAAAGUAUAGUUGAAUCUGAAACUGAUUUAAUACAAAAAUCUGAAGAAGAUGAUGAAAAAGAUCAUAAACAAGUUGAAGAAAAUCAAGAUGAAAUGAAACAAAACGAAAAAGCUGCUAACAAUGAAACAGUUAGUGUACCAGAUGCUCAAGUUGAUUUAAGUAGUAAUGAAGUUAAAAGUAAUGAUGAUAUUUCCUUAGAAGUUAAACAAAAUGGGAAUAUUGAAAACGUUCCUUUAAAUAUUUCAUCUACAAUACCAUUAGAAUCUAAGGAUCAAACCAAAGGACAUGAAAGAAAAGAAGAAAUCAUAAUUAAAACUUCUUUAGAAUAUGAACCCAAAAUAGGGUUUUUGAGAGAACCUUCUGUACCACUAGAAAAAGUAGAAGAUGUUGAAAUAAAACCUAUUGGACCAGCUCAAGAAAUCUUUAAAAAGUCUCACACCGAAAUUAUAACCACUACAACUGACAAGCCAAUUGGAGCUAGUACUCAAACCGAGUUUAAUAGAAUCGAAAACAUAGUUACAGUAAAUCGCACGUCAAAAAUUUUAGACCAUGCUUAUGAACAAAUAUCACAGGCUCCAACCUUAAACACAUAUUUUACUCAAACUACUGACAGAGUUUUAUCAUCUCCACAACCUGUGUCAAAGCCAUAUCAACCUGUGUUUUCAUCAGAACCUCAAUCUGAAAGACGCCAUAGUUUGCUCUUGGAAAGAUUAAGUAUGGAACGCCAAAUACCUACAUCAGAAAUAUACCACAACAAUUAUCAGUCUACGCAACAUCGUGAACAAUCUCCGUGGUUACAAGAACCACAAUCUGAAGUUUUAUCUGUGAGUAAUGUUAAACCAAGUGAAAUUACUAAAAAUCAACAGUGGUAUCAACAUACGAGGAAAGAAGAUGUAAUAUCAAGCACAUUGGCACCGACAGUAAGUACACCCAUUCCUCAAUGGAAUAAACCAGAAACACAACAAUUUGUGCAGCCUCAACCUCAAGUACAGCCUCAAGGGCAACCCCAAUAUCAAACAUUGUCACAACCACAAUACGCACCUAAGCCUGAAUUCACGCCAUCACUUACAGAAAAUGUUUCUCAUAAUAAAUUCAAUAAUUAUCAAAAUAACGCUUACACUUCCUACGCCCCAAAACCAAGUUGGGUGAGCAGUACAUUUGAACCUAAACCGACUAUUCCUCAAGCUGAUCAUUAUUCGACAAUAAAGAAGGAAUCAACGGAAAAUUAUCAAAGUUCGAGGCAACAGUUGAGCUCCUCUUAUGUACCUCCUCCUUGGGAACAGGAUUCAAGUUAUGUAUCUAAUAAUACAAAUUACUACCAACCACCACCACCUGCUCCUUCUUAUACUCCUAAUGUAAAUUCAAGCUGGAAACCUAAACCAACCAGCAAAUUUUCAAAACCGGCACCUACAUCUUACGUCCCUCCGGCGCCAAAUCAAUCUUUUGUCAAGCCUUUGACCACUGCUGAUCCACCGAGACUACCGGGUAGAAAAACUUAUUACAGCGAAUAUGAGAGGCGUUACAUAUCAGUCCCUGAGAGUACGUAUGUUCCCGUAGAGUCAAAGUUUCAAGCUCAACCAGAUCCAUCUCCUCAAUAUUACUACGAUAACAACGAACCCGCAGAAAUAGUUGAGCCACAAUGGAGGAGAGAAUUAAGAGAAUUCACUGAGAAAACUCAAUCAACGCAGUCUGAAACUACCUCUGUUAGACCUCCUUGGGAGGAGGAUUCUAAGUAUGCUGCACCGACAGAUUAUAACGCAUCCGCUCCAACAAGCUGGACGCAGACGUUGAGACCCAGAUCAUGGCGUGAGAGAAGUUCCGAGCCAGAGUAUGCUAGUUCAAAAGAAUGGCCGAGGUCAAAUACUUUAGGUCGUGGCCGACCACAAAGUUCAUAUGUAAAGAGCAAUUUGGACACUUUGCCAAGACCACCGCGAGGAGUAUCAGUUGACAGAUAUAAUCCAAAUAGCUACAUGUCACCCUCUGAGCAUCCACCCGUACAGAGCCAGACGAUGAAUCCCAUUAUUCAUCCUAAACCACACCAUAAUCCGAGCGUACCUGCAUACCAGGCCCGAGCCUCUGCUGAACCUAGAGAGCAACCUGCAUAUGUUCAACCUCGUAUCCACGUAGAUACGAAAGCCCCACCGGUUCAAUCAAGAUCUUUCAAGUAUCUGCAAUGGAUUACUGGUACAGAAGAUUAA